AUGUUCCGCAAGCUCUACUCCAACCUCACUGCCCGUCUCGGCCUCGGUGGCACCCGCCCUGAGGUUGAGGCCGGCCUUACUAUGAAGCCCGGAGCGAAUGCUCCAACCAACCCAGCCCGAGCCCCAACCCCCACCCCCUCUCCUACUCUCUCUCCUCCCGCCCUCCCGCUCUCCUCCUCUCCCGCCCUCCUCUCUGCCCCCAUCCUUCCCCCCUCUGAGGUUGCGACCUCCAAUGUUGGGGUCAGCUUUGCUGUCCCUCUCCUCCGUCCUGUGGGCGCGGCACCAGGCGCGAGCGCUGCUCUUGCCCUUACCGCUGCCUACCUCGCUAUUGCCACCCUCCCUGCCCUCCCCCCGUGUCUUCCCUACCUCAUCCCUGCCCCUGAGCUCUGGUAUGACGAGUCCACCCCCUUGUCUACUCAUCUCAUGAACGGACUCUUUGAGCUGGCGCUCAGGCCAGUCUUUGAGGACGUUUUUGGCAAGUGGUGCAAGAUGAUCAACCCCCGGGGUGAGAACGGCCCGAUUGACCUCUACCGCUCCGUGGAGCAAGAGAGGUUGGUCAUGCAGGUGUCCGAGUAUAGGCUUUGGCCUGGCACUCGUGACUACUGGAUGAAGCAGGGAGAGAAGCCGCUUGGCAGUGGCUCUUUUGGGAGCGUUUUCACACUCUCAGGUUACCGCGCCCGCAAGUGGCCGAUCAAGAUGGCCCUCAAGAUCCUCACUCCCGAAGAAGGCUCAACAUCUCGACCCGGUGCCAUGGAGGUCAAGGCAAUGAGGUUCUUCCGCCGUGAGUAUCGCUACCCCCAUCUCAUCCACUCCUUUUUCGACCACUACGACAAUACGGCGAGGGAGACCACCAUUGGUCUACCCCUUGCUGAGACGUCUCUGUGGAACGCCAUCGAGAAGGGCAUUCUGUCUCUGGAGGAGAAGCUUUCCGUGGCGAGGCAGGUUGUCGGGGCUUUGGCCCACAUGCACAAGUUGCGUUGGGUUCACCUUGACAUCAAGCCCUGCAACAUUCUCGUUAUGUCGACGAACCCCCUUCAUGUUGUUCUGGCCGACUUGGGUAACGCCGAGCGCAUCCCCAAGGGAGCCUACACAAUCGAGGGCGGGGGAGGCACACCUGGUUUCAUGGCCCCUGAGACUCUGCGAGAUGAUGAUUGGUGUGGCUACACCUCGGACAUCUUCGCCCUGGGGGUUACGUUUUAUUCCCUCUUCUCGGGCAAGGUGGACAUGGUUCCGAGCAACUGGGGGGCCAUGAAUGGUCUCCAAGGUGCCGGGGCGGAGGAUGUGGCGGACCUCUGGACCAUUGAAGGGGACCGCACACUCUCAUUCGUUGGUUCUCCAUGGAGCUCCGGGGGUCCUUUCUGGGGGAGGCUUGAACGCCUGAUCCUGGACAUGACCGCCUUUGAAACCGGGUUGGAUGACGAGGAAUCCUCCGAGAACGCUGGCAGCAAUGUCCACAUCCGCAUCGAUCUCAUCGGUGUGGUGUGGGCAAUGCGCCAACUGACAGCUAUGCUCCCCCCAGUUCCCGGUAGCCUCGAGGGUGAUGUCCUCGACAACUACACCGCGGCACUCACCCUCAUGGGGUUGCCGAUCGGCGACGACGAGGCGACCUCGAACGCUGUCGCUCAAGUUACAGCAAUCGAGAACGCCACCGUCGGCGAGGAACUGGAGCCUGCAGUCGUCCAGGACGGCGAGGCAUGCGACCCGCCUUUUGUCGGGGAGCAAGUGAGUGAAGCUGUGGAGGAGAUGGAGGGGGAGGUUGUCUUCGAGUCGGCCGCUCUGUCCCGCAUGGCUCGGAUGCGCGCCAAGACUCGCAAGGCGCCUCGCAAGAUUGCUGCGGCAAUCAAGAAGGCUGGCCAGAAGGUUCUUCGCCGCAGGGCUUGA